GCCGGAAGCUGGAAGGCGGGUCCUACCAAGGAGUGACAUGGAUGUCAACCAAACGGGUUCGGAGGUUAUGUCGCUGAUGACGACAGCGGAUGACGACUGCGGAUGACGACGGUGGGGAAGUUGUCGAGCGCUCGCCGGUUGAUAGAAGGAAACCCAUUUUUAGAUUUAAAGCGACAUCGUUGUUCGCGUUUCUCCGCGGCUCCGGGUAAACAAGGUAACGGCACCGCUCAUUGCUCUUAGACAGCUGUCAGCGGGAAGAUGGUCUGUGGAGGAUUCACGUGUUCGAAAAAUGCUCUUUGCUCCCUCAACGUGGUCUACAUGAUGGUGGGGCUGCUCUUGAUCGGGGUGGCAGCCUGGGGUAAGGGCUUCGGCAUCGUCUCUAGCAUCCACAUCAUCGGUGGGGUGAUCGCCGUCGGCGUCUUCCUUCUCCUCAUCGCCAUCGUGGGUCUCAUCGGUGCCCUCAACCACCACCAAGUUCUGCUCUUCUUCUACAUGGUCAUUCUCUUCUUCGUCUUCCUCUUCCAGUUUGGGGUGUCCUGCUCUUGCUUGGCUAUGAAUCGCGAGCAGCAGGAGAAGCUGCUGAACUCCACGUGGAGGAUGACGAGCGACGUGACCAAGGAGAACCUGGAGAAGCAGCUGGACUGCUGUGGCCUGCUGAACUCCACGCUCGACCAGCCUCAGUUUGACAGCGAUUUCCAGCGCUGCAAAGCUCCCUGUAAAGCCAAGGGUCAGUGUUACACAUGCGGCAAUGUCAUGCUGGAGCAUUCUGCCGAGGCCCUGAAGAUCCUGGGAGGGGUUGGGCUCUUCUUCAGCUUCACAGAGAUCCUGGGUGUGUGGUUAGCGGUGCGCUACAGGAACCAGAAAGACCCGCGAGCAAACCCCAGUGCGUUUCUGUAGUCACUCACCCAAAUGCAUUAAUUCCGACCCGUGACGCACAAAAAUGGACACGCAGCACAGCUGGACAUGCACAUAACAAACACACACUUAAUAAUGCACACUUGCACAGUUUUUAAACACGCAGAGCGUCGCUUUGAAUUUUCUUACAAUCUCACAAACUCAUACACACACUCAUGCACAGGUUCAUGGUUACAUCCGCACAAAUGUUGCUCGCUACGUUCUUGACAAAAUAUGAUGCACUAUGGAGAGCUGCACUCAAUAUUUGUUUUUCUUGCCUGAUCUCAUGUAUGAUAGGAUGGCCUGUUAUUUUGAAUCUCUUUUCACACACAUUAAUGUCCUGCUUUGGCAGACCCCGCCCAGUCCCACAAAGACCAUAGCCGAGGUCCAUCCUUGAUAAUGAGUGGAUCAUGCAGGAUGCAGCACAUAGAAACCAGUCCUUCAUAGACACUGACAGCCUUGCGUGGCCCCCAGAUCAAUGCGCUUCUGUUUUUCCAGUUUUUCUUUCACAGGUGGAACCUCUGUAUAAAAUGUUAGGCUCUGAAUGAGGCGUGAGGAACCCUACGUUUGAUGUGUCAUGUUUUUACAUACCAUUAUAUAGAAAAAAAGAUUUGGUGAUUCAUUGUCCCGAGUGCCGGAGCGCAACGGUUCCUGCUAGACUUGAGUACAGCUGCUACGGCGCGUCAAAACAGAUGGGGUUUCCACUGAGCAGCUUCAUUGUGUGUCAUAUGACAUCUAAUACUUGUAACUGCAUGGCUGGAGGAAAAAGGUUCUUCUUUUUUGUAACUGAACUGAUUCCAGAUUGCAGCUUAGUUCCUUUUCUGUGUGAGUGGAAUUCCUAAUGGUUAUAGUAUUUUUUUAUUUAUUUUUUUGUCUAAAACCCUGUGAAGGUUCCUCUUGAGAUCAGUAACUGGAGCGGUUUGUGGCAUCGUAUUAUCGGCAUCCAUUACCUUAUCCCUCUAAUGCCUUCUCUAAAUCCUUCAAUAGAAUCAAGACUUGCAGAGUUUCUCGUGUUGCCUUUUGUGAUAAAGUGACAAAAUCAAAUGCUAAAAAGCAAUCCAGUGUCUGCCUUUCAGGUGCAGAAACCACUGAAAGAUUUGGAUUUUAUUUAAAAUUACAUUUCAAAAAAUGUUCAUUAGAUAACAGGACUAAGUGAUUAUGUAAGUGAACCAUUGAAAUGCAAAGCCUUGGAAUUGCAGUGCUGCUGGACAGGGGACAGCAGACGGGAUUAUCCUCUUCUCUGCGUAGAGCACCUGAGAUGAGACUAAACUGUAAAGGAUCCUCAUCCACAUGGGCUCCCAGGAGCAGGACUACAGAGACAACCGCUUUAGUCUUGGUCUUUGGGCUUGUUAGCUUUCGGAUAAAGGAAUGUGUGAGAGGUGUGGUGUGGGGUGAGCACAUCAUGGGAUGUGGACGGAACUGUUUGCCAUCAGUGUGAGUCAAGCUCAGCAGCACGUUUGUUUGCGAAUUUUCUGACUUUGACAAUACUUACCCAUGUUACAUGAGUAAGUAUUGUUUAAGUUUUAUGUUUUAUAGGGUUAAGUGUGUGCGAGAAGUAUUAGACUGCCUGCAAAUACAGGUAACAACCUGACAACUACAAAUGAAGUAUUUAAAUUCAAACACACUCUCGGCAGCAGUCCCCAUAGCAUUGCCCUGCACCCACCGCCAUGGUCUUAUACCUGUAACUACUGAAAUCUUGUUUAAUUGUUCAUGUUUCUGUAUUAGUUUUUAGUAUAAGUUGUAUACCUUUUGGUCCUAAAAAGGGUCGUUCUACAUGUUUUCUGCCAAGCUGUGCUGGUCAAAUCGCAGUGUGCGUUAAUGGCUGGUACGGAGGAAUCUUUAGUCGUACCCUUGAGUACCUUGUCAACUGACUUUGACCAAUGUUGUUAUUUUUUAGAGGUGUUUUUAUCACCUAAUUUGAGAAACGAUUUGUAUUUAUUGUGUUGAUAAUGUGUGUACGUUUUAUUGUUGUUCUCUGAAUGUGAAAAUGGUUUUGAAGAAACUGGAAUAUUAAACACCUCAGCCUCCUGCCCCAUCCCCUUUAGAUAUUCUAGAUUUUUCAAAAUCUUGAAAACCUUUACCUUUUGCGCUAAUAAUUAGGAUAUUUUAAAAAUAUUUUUUGAGUGUUGUUUGGCCUGAGCACAGUGGUCACUAAUUUCUUUCCUACUUGUUUCCUUUUAUUUUUUGAAUGAUUUUACAAUUAAAAAUGUCAACAUACUCUA